GAGAGAGAGAGAGAGAGAGAGAGAGAGAGAGAGAGAGAGAGAGAGAGAGAGAGAGAGAGAGAGAGAGAGAGAGAGUGAGAGAGAGAGAGAGAGAGAGAGAGUGAGAGUGAGUGAGUGAGUGAGCGAAUACUGGAAAGUGAGCUACUGCUGUCAUCAGAGCUCAGCACAAGCGCAACUCAUACUCAGGAGCAACAGCAGCUGCUGCAGCAGUGAACAGUGAACAGUUGCCUCCGCCCCAUCCCGAAGCCCAGAACCCAUCAGUGCACUCUCACAGCCCUGGUCUUUCUUCCUCUUGCUGUGCCACUGUGCCAAAGAAUGGAGGAUUCUCAGGAGACAUCACCUUCUUCUAACAACUCUUCGGAGGAGCUCAGCUCUGCCCUACAGCUGUCGAAAGGCAUGUCUAUCUUCCUCGACAUACUGAGAAGAGCAGACAAAAACGAUGAUGGGAAGUUGUCUUUUGAAGAAUUCAAAGCCUAUUUUGCAGAUGGUGUUCUGAGUGGGGAAGAAUUGCGUGAGCUCUUCCAUACCAUUGAUACACACAAUACCAACAAUCUUGACACAGAAGAAUUAUGUGAAUAUUUUUCUCAGCACCUUGGAGAAUAUGAGAAUGUCCUGGCUGCUCUAGAAGACCUAAAUCUUUCCAUCUUAAAGGCAAUGAGCAAAACAAAGAAAGAUUAUCAAGAGGCCUCCAACUUGGAACAGUUUGUAACUAGGUUUUUGUUGAAGGAGACCUUGAACCAACUGCAGUCUUUGCAGAAUUCCCUGGAGUGUGCUAUGGAAACCACAGAGGAACAAACUCGCCAAGAGAGACAAGGUCCCAUCAAACCAGAAGUCCUAUCGAUUCCAUGGCCGGGCAAACGGUCCAAUCGCAGAGUCCAGAGACACAGCAGCUUCUCUCCCAACAGCCCUCAGUUUCAUAUGUGUGGCCCAGGUCUGUUAGAGGAAGACAACCAAUGGAUGACCCAGAUAAACAGACUCCAGAAGCUAAUUGAUCGUCUGGAAAAGAAGGACAUAAAGCUUGAACCUCUGGAAGAAGAAAUUUUUGAAGGAAACACUAAAUCACAUAUCCUCCUGGUUCAGCGUCAGAUGUCUGUGGUAGAAGAAGACUUGGAAGAAUUCCACCUGGCUCUGAAACAGUACGUGGAAAGUGCUUCCUCCCAGAGUGGGUGCCUACAUGUUUCCAUUCAGAAGCUUUCAAAUGAAUCCCGCUUCAUAGUUUAUGAGUUCUGGGAGAAUAGCAGUGUGUGGAAUAGCCACCUUCAGAUGAAUUACUGCAAGGCAUUCCAAAGGAGCAACGUGGAUUUCUUGGAAACUCCAGAACUCACAUCUACUAUGCUAGUUCCUGGUAACUAUGCUGGUUUUUACAAUACCCCACAUAGUUUUUCCAUAUUAUUUCCACUUACCUCCCCCCGCCCAGUUCUAUUUUCCUCCAUACUAGUCAGUGCUUUAUUUUUCAAUUAUUCUAUUCCUUCUCUCCAACUCAAAUGUCCAUUUAGGAAAGGAUUUCUCCACAAUUCUUAGAAUUAUCAGGAAUCAGUACAUGAGCAGACACUUCCUUACAAAAUAAAAGUGGACUAUUUUUAUAUUCUAAUACAGAUCAAAUUUUAUUAGAACAUCAAAAAAUUUUUCCAUGCUAUAAUUUUAUAUAGCUAAUUAGGUCAUGGGCUGGGGUAUCAAAAUGUUAUGGAUAUAUUUUCAUUGUGGAGUAUUGAUGAAAUGGAAAUUCAAACCAAUAGUUUGGAGGGAAUGAGGAUUAAGAAAUUAGAAUAAAAGUAUAUGAAUAUCCCAAAGGCUUCAGGUGUCUUGAGCUAACAUAAGCCCCACUCAAAAACUAGAUGAAAACAUAUGUGAACUCUAUGGAGCCUCAUAAUUAAAUUUGAGAUCCCUUUAUAAAGAGCUUGCCUGCCCAUUUUUAUUUAACCUUAGGGUCUCAGUUACAGGUUCAGUUCUGGCCUACCUAGAGGAAGCAAACUCAUGAAUGAAGAGUUAUAUAUACUUUCUUCUCUAGAUAUGAAGUAUAAAUUUCAAAUAGCAAGUCUUAGUAUGUUUCCAUCACUUUGUAGCUCCAUAAUUUGACUCACCAUAACUGGACACUGUUAAGGCUCAAAGGAAGACAAAGGAAUUCAGUGGAACAUAAGAUUCUAAGAUUGAAAUUGUUCAUCUUUUGCAUACCUACAUUAAGCUUGAACAUUAAAAUAUAAAUAAUUGAGUGUUGGGGAAAUGAGAAGGAAAAACUUUCAAAAUGUUUAAUUUAAUGUUUCAUAAUUUCAUAAGCUGUGAAUAUAAUGCAUUAGCUGCUAAAUUUUUCAGGUAACUAGUGUUAUCUUUAGAGCUGAAGUAUAAUGUUGGGCCUUCUGAAACAUCCCAGGAGUCCUGAUAAAAGAUUUAAUGGCUCUUUAUCUUUACCACUACAAUCAUUUUCUGCUUCCUGCCAUAUGGUUCAAACAAUGUUUCAAAAAAACAGCAACCAAUUAAGCAAUAAACAUUUAUUUCAUCUGCUAAAGUGCUGGGAACACAAAAAGAGGCAAAAGAUAGUCCCUGCCCAUGAGGGGCUUACAAUCUAAUGGAAGAAACAACAUACUAACAAAUACAUGCAAAGCAAGCUAUGCACGGGAUAAAUAGGAGAUAAUUAACAGAAGGUACAGGUGUCCAGGAAGGCUUACUAUAAAAGAUGGAAUUUUAGUUAAGACUUAAAGGAAGCCAGAUAAGUUAGUAGUAGGUGUUAAGGAGGGACAGCAUUCCAUGUGUGGGAGCCAAAGAAAAAGUCCAGAACAAAAAAACUGAGAGUAUCAACCAGGCAGCCAGUGUCACUGGAAGAGAAUUAAAUGUCAGUAAGUGAGGUGUAAGGAGCCUGGAAGGUAGGGGUGGGGGUUAGGAUUUGAUAGGAUUUAGGACAUCUAACAGAGCAUUUUAUAUUUGAACCUUGAGGCAAAACAGGAAGUUUGAGUAGUUUAUGACUGAACCUGUGCUUUAGGAAAAUUACUAAAAUGGUUGAUCUAAAGUGGGGAGAAACUUGAAGCAGGACAAUCUGCCAGCAAGGCAUUGUAAUAGGCUCAGCAUGAGGUGGCGAAAGCCUACACUAGAAUGAUGGCAAUGUCAGAGAGAAGGGGGUACAUGCAUAGAUGUUGUAACGGAGAAAUUGCAGGCCUUGGCAACAGAUUGGAUAUGACAUAAGAGAGUUGCUGAGUUGGGAGAUCUGUGCCAAAAUGAACCAUGUACUGCUAUUAACUACUAAAUGCCUUAAAAAUCAGAGAUGUUUACUGGAAAUGGAAAGCAAAUAUAGAAAAGUUAUGAAAAAGGAGAGAAGUAAUAAGGCACUAGAAAAAAUUAGAGUAUUACAAAAACAUAGGAGUUUGAACAAACCUAAUGGGAAUUUUCGUUUAACUUGACUUCAUAGUAAGUCAAGCUUCUGACAAGGUCUUAAGAUUUAUCAUUGUCAAAUUGCAUUAUUCAAGUAAUUGUUUUCUUUAUGGCUUCAAAAAGAUUGAAAUAGCAAGAAAAUGCAUACCUUCUCAAAAAAUAAGUCAGUAAGCAUUUAUUAAGCACUUACAAUGUGCUAGACCCUAUGCUAAGUACUAGGACACUUACAGCAAAAGGCAAAAAGAGUCUUGCCCUCUAAAAGCUCACAAUCUAAUUGAAUCUCUUCCUUUUUCAUCUUCAAGUAAAUGUGAUUUAAUGCUGCUUAAUAAACUUUUGUAGUCAUCUAGCAUUAAUGUUCUUAAUUUCUACUAUGGGUCCUCCAAGAACAAAUGAAGGCAAGGAAGAAUCAUUCUUGUUCAGUAUUGCGUAGUUUCCCAUUUCUUACUAUUACCUUCAAAACUUAAUCAGCUUCAAAUGAUUAGAUUUCUUAGUUUUUGCUAAAAUUGUUUAGGGCUCACUUUCAUGUAAGGUUUAGCAAGCACGGUAUCUUAAAUCAAUUUGGUAUAAAAAUAUAAAUGCUACAAUUUCCAAUUUGUAGAGGCAUACUUCUUGUAUCAAUGAUUCUUAAAAUUACCAAGUAUACAUAAAAAUAUGAAAUAGAAACAUUGGACAACUAAACAUAGAAAGAAAACUCAUCCUAAAACAUGUAAAAAAUAAUAUCAACAUUAGCAAACAGUUGAGAAGUCUUUUUGUGUUAUUUUUUUAUAUGAGUCCGUAAAACAGGAAACAGGCUCAUUUUCAAUAAAACUACCUUUUUCCCCAAGAUUUUCAGUUGGGUUGUCUAAGUUAUAUUAUAAGGAAAUAAUGCAAUCCUAUUAUAAGCAUGAAAUUCCAAAUCAAUAUUUAUUUUACUGGUUUAUAAAUAUGAAAGACUCUACCCACCCACCUAUUGUGGGUAAAAUAUUUUAUAUGUUAAUACUGUGGACCCUAAAGGAGGAACAUUAGAAGAUGGGCAAAAGUGGCAAUAUAGAAGAUAAUCUUUAUUCAAAACAACCAAUCAUAAAUCUUUUUCUCAUAUCUGGUUUUAUACUAUCUACAAAAGAAAGAUAUUAAUACAUAUUUCACAUAAGACUAAAGAUGGCACAGCAGAUACCAUAAGAAUAUUCAUAAAAUACACAAGGAAAAACUUUUUGCCAGCUUAUACACACUCUGGCCAUAUCUUCCAUGUGAUAAGUGGCCCCUUAUACCUUUAACUACUCCUUUCCAAUCAUCAUCAAAUGGUACCUGGUAUACCAACUUUUUUUAAUCUGUUUGUACUAAAGUGGUCUCUUCUCCUACUCUAUUUGAAGAACAAACAUGAAACAUCUCAUUUUAAAUAAUUCAUGUUUAUAGAAUUUUAAAUUUCAUCACUGGUAGAGUAAGAUUAUGAAUGUAUUUUGCACAAUCUGAAUCUUGAAGCAUAAGGAAUUUUCAUGUUGGAGUAAAUCACAUUAUAUAUAUAUGGAAGCUACUGGCUAACUCCAUUAAAUACCUUAAAUAAUUUUGUGUGUCAAUACAGGGAAUUUCCUCACUGGAAGUUCCUUAUACAGAUGAAAUAACAGAACUAGUUCAAAAAAAUAAUAAUCCAUGGCAAAGGAGUAUAAAUGUUGCUGUAUUUGCUCGUGGGUAAAAAAAAUGUUGUAAAAGCAUUAGUUCCAGUCUAGUCAUCAACUUAAUUUGUUGGGGAAUUCCCCUGCAGUAUAAUGUAAACAUUUCUCAUUUUAAAUUGGAAUUUUUCAAUAAAAUUGAAGGCAGAAAAAAUUGAUUUACAACUAACUUUUCUGAUAUAUUUCUAUGAUUGAUUCUGUUAUGUUUAAUUUCAUUUGAAAAAAAGUUCCUGCAACAUACUGAGAUCUGUGUAAAAUACAUUUUUUAAAACAUGGUUCUAUUUUCAAGAAGUUUAUAACAUCACUAGAUGGAAAAGACAUACCACAUUCAUGUGAAUCAAUCCAGGCAAUGACAUGGCAACAAACAUGGAACAGAAAAAAAUAUAGGUGGUCAGACUAGAAGGAAAACAACUAUAUAAAAUAUAAUCUGGGAAGUCUUAAAAAUGAGACAAACUUAUUUCAUUAUUUAAUUAACAUAAGCAAUUUUAUAUGAAACCCAAGCAUACAUAACAAAUGAUAUAAUGAACUUGUUUGAUCUCCUUCCUCUGCAUCAAAGAAAGGCAGCUGAAAUAAUUUAUUAACAUUUUACAAAGUAAUAAAUUAUCAACUGUGAAUUUAUUUUUAUUACUAAAAUUAUGUUUUUCCUUUCAGCUUCAUGGUGGGUGCUGAACAACAACUAGAUGCUUUAUUGUUGCAUGGAAACAAUGAAGUUUACAUUUAACAUGAACUAUAUCUGUGACUAUUAAUCUACUAUAUAUUUUAUUUCAAUGUUUCCUUUAACAUUUACUUCUUUUCUAUGUGUUCUAGUCCCUUCCUUACUUGUACAAAUUUUAGCUAAAAUUUUAAAACUUAAUUCCUCUGUUAACAAUUUUCAUGACAAUUAUGUUGCUUAUAGACUGUCCUACAAUACUGUAUGGUUUUUUGAAGUAUGGGACUUUUCCAAUAUAUAGAUACAAAAAAUUCUUACCAGAAACUAAAGUUAUAAAGGUGUUACAAAAUAUUAAGUGGAGAUUUAAGAGGGAUUAUUUUACUUUUUCAUUGGACAGAUUCUUUUUUGGUCAUAUAUUGUUAAAUGUUAUAUCAUAGUAUUUGUGAACCUAGAUCUUUUGACUUUGUGUGUGAAUGAUUCUGUAUUUUACUGAUUUUUCAUUCCUAUUUCAAGGUUACUGGCAUCAAAAUGUAUAUACUUAUUCCAUUUUAAGUAAAUUACUUAUGUAAACUACUGCAUAGAGCAUAAAAUAGAUUUUAAUGUAAUAUGUUCAUCCAUUAUCAAAUUAUGAGCCAAAUCUUCCUAAAGAUAAAUGAACAAUUCCUUUAGUUAGUGUGUCAUUUAAUAAGGAACUUUUAAAGUAAAAUAUUAGGAGUACCUCAUGAGUAAUGUGAGUAAUGUUGUCACUUUAGUAUUAAUGUAACUUCUAAGUAAAGAUUAUUUGUACAAUAUAAAUCCUGUUUACAAGUUAGGCACAUUUAGAUCCAAGGAAACAGUUUAUGCUUUAGGAUAAUUUGGCUCAAAAUAAUAUUGUGUUUGAAUACAGCAUGUAACUAGGAUGGUAUUCUAAUGUGAUAAAAAAAAAAAACCAGAACACUGAAUUUCAGCUGACAUCAAAAUGCUUUAAACACUGAAUAUUAACCUAAGAAAAUAAACCAAUAAUGUGAAAUACAAGAAA